UAUCUUCUCCUAUUUGCUUUGUUUAUAAAGUCUGCCCCUUUAAUGUUCUAUCAUGCCAAACUCCUAAUUUUUGCCAAUAAUAUGAAGCUUUAUUUGAGUACCAAAUUAAUCAUCAACUGUCACCUUCUUCAAGAGGAUCUCAAUAGAUUAAUUUGCCUUGGUUUAUUUUAGCUUAUUUAAUCCGGCACAAGACAGUGAAAUGAUUGAGGUAUCAGCCAAACUUAUUGGUGGCCCUAUAUUUAUGCCAGGUAGUAAAAUUGGAUGUUGUAUAACAUUUACUCAUCCACCGUUACCAUCAGAUUCUCGAAGCCAAAGUAAUAGUGAUGUUUUGGAAAACUUAGCAUGGGCCAGUGUGCAAAUCAAUUGCUUGUGUUUAACCAACGAUAACAUUAAUUUCCCAUCAGUAAUGUGUGUUACCAAAGAUGAGAAAUAUUUAGGAAAUUCUGAAACUUCAUUUGCACCAUGUUUAACAGAUAAUGGUCAUGUUGUUUUAUCUACAAAACCAAAAAUUUUAUUUUGUGAUGUUGGACUGUCUCCUGGUGAAAAUAAAUCAUAUUUAUACAGCGAAACAUUGCCUAAUGAUGCACCACCAUCAUAUAAAGGACAUUUAGUUAAAUAUGCUUACAAAAUUACAGUUGGUAUGCAACGUUUAAAUAGCCCAAUUAAAUUAUUGAGAGUACCAAUACGUGUUGUAGUCAUGCAUGGACUUACUGAAGGAGUGACAUGUGAAAAUAGUAUUGAUUUAUCUCCAAGUAACCCAUUUUUAGAGUCUCAAUAUAAACAUGAAGAAUGUGAUAUGGCUCUGCAAAUGCUCCAAAAUAUAACUGCUAAACGAAGUCCAAAUUUUUACAAUAUAACAAACUCUCGAGGGAAAGUAGCUCGGUUCUGUUUAUUCAAACAAGCUUACAGACUUGGAGAAGAUAUAGUUGGAACCUUUGAUUUUGAACAAACUGAUGUGUCUUGUAUUGAGUUCACAGUGAGCUUGCAAUGCGAAGAGGCCGUCAAUAAAGACUUUAUUGCAGCCAGCCCAAGACCCAGGAAAGAUAACGUAUCUAUCGUUUCAUAUAACACGCAACAUCAAUUCUGUGCCAAUACUUUGAAAUCAUUUCUGCAGCUGGCUAUACCACUGAACGUAACACCGGCCUUUAGUACACUCCUGGUAUGCGUGAAAUGGAGGCUUCACUUUGAAUUCGUGACCAGUACGAAAACUUCCGGCGAACGAUUGGACGAAACCAAGGAGGGCACUUGCUGGACAGGCCCGGAACACGUAGACAUCGAGACAAUGGUGUGGGAUUUACCCAUACAGAUAUAUCCGUCCGUACCUUCCAUAGCCAAUGACCCUCACGCCCAAACGAGGAUAACAAUCGCGAUAUGAUUUUUUUCUCCGCUAUACCUAUAGGUACUAUAGGUACACCGUUCACAAUGUUUUGUCCGUUUUAUAAAAAUAAUAAUGUGUAUUAUUAUUAUAUUUUUUUUUUAUAUAUGAAUUAUCAAUCAAAACAUUUUUUACACCUAUUAUUAUUUUUUUGUUUAUUAUUGGUAUCUUGAUAAAUUACUUUUAUUCUGUUAUUAAAAAUCGAAAGGGACA